AUGGUGUUAUCAUUAGUUGAAGAACGGGUCAAAAGGUUGGAAGAUAGUGUCAACCUUAUAGAAGAAAAAUCGGGAGAACGCAAAGGGUGUUCGUACAAAGAAUUCAUGGCGUGUAAACCGCCAAUCUACAACGGGGAGGUCGACCCGAUAAUAUGCCAAAGGUGGUUAAGUGAUGUGGAAGGGGUGUUUGAACGGACCCAUUGUGACGUAGGUGACUUUGUUGCUUACGGAACAGACCAUAGUCCCAAAGCAGUUAUAAACAGGAUCAAGGAAGAAUUCAUCCAGCUAAGACAAAAGGGUGAAACAAUCGACAAGAUCACGGGCAUAUUCAUGGAUAAGCUGAGAUUCUGUGACGAGUUAGUCACCACUGAAGAGCAAAAGAUAUACUACUAUUACAACAUGCUGAGUGCCGAAUACCGGGGGUUUAUCAACACCGCCCGGGAGCGGGAAAUCGAGUUGAAGAAACAAGUUGAGAGGGGCGAGCGAAGGGCACAGGAUGUGAAUCCAAGCCCUACAAAGAAAGCUAGAACUGUUGAAUCAGGAAAGAAGGUGGAUACUAAAGGCGGGUCGCCAAGUUGUAAAGUGUGCGGAAAGGGGCACAAGGGAGAAUGUCGGUUCAAAGACAAACCGUGCCCCAUAUGUAGUAAAACGGGGCACACGACGUCUCUAUGCCCAGGUAAAGUCUCAGUUUGCUACAAAUGUUAUCAGCCUGGUCACAAAAAGUCUGAAUGCCCAGACUUAGUUGGAAGGAGAGACGUUAAAGAACCCCUAGCAGAAGCUUCAAAGGCAAAGGCUAGAUCUUUCCAACUUACCGCGGCUGAAGCAAAGACAGAACCCAAUGUGGUCUCAGAAGUUGAAAUAGGGGACAACAAAAGUUUCAUAGUUUGUGAUAUUUGUCGAGGCUUUAUAUUGAGCAUUGACGAUGAAGAGUACCUGAUAGACCUAAUCCCAAUGUCAAUGUGGGAAUUUCAAAUAGUCGUUGGGAUGGAUUGGCUAUCUUAG